AUCACCAUGCAGGAGGGACACAGUCAAGGGGCUCUAAUAGAAGAGGAUGGCAGGAGCCUUGAUUACCAGUCUGAACCCAGCUUGGACAUCCCCAGCUACCGGAAGAGCUCCCUCCACAAGACCUAUCAGUCUUCCCCACUCCAGAUAGAUUCCUUUGCCAUCAAUUCACGAUCCCUGAGCCUGAAAUCUGCUGGCAAGAGAGGGACAGACAAAGUGCCCCUUCAUCCAAUAAAGUCCGAAGGGGCAGCUUCCACCCCUUACAAAAGCAUCUUUUCUCCCAAUUCCCUGUCAAACAGAAAUGGGAGUCUUUCAUAUGACAGUUUGCUAAACCCUAUGUCACCCUCGGGGAGGAAGUGCAUUGCCCAUUCUGCAGUCAGCUCCGUUGGGUACCACUCCCCAUAUUUAUCAGCCAAAAUGUGCCAUCUACGGGGGAGUGAGCUGCAACGCCAGCCACCACAGAGCUUCAGCCCAGUGCUGGGGGGUCCAGCUCCGCAUCAGCGAGACCCUUCCCCAGUCCGCUAUGAUAAUCUUUCCAAAACCAUUAUGGCAUCCAUACAGGAGAGGAAAGAGAUGGAAGAGAGGGAGAAGCUCCUCCACUCACACCCUGAUUCAGUGUUUGCAGACUCAGGUGUCUAUGACACCCCUAGCUCUUACAGCCUUCAGCAAGUCAGCACGCUCUCUGAAGACCCACGCAGCAUGGCAAUGAGAUACGGAUCUAGAGACAAUCUGAUGGCUGCUACCAGUUUUAGCACAAGGAACCCUAUAUUGCAGUCCUCGGUGUCUUCACUCUCAAGUGCAAUGACAAGAGCACCAAGGACUUCCACAACCUCUCUGCAAGCUGAUUUAGCGAAUAAUAAUGUCCAGUCCCAUCAAGCACUACAGGGCAGGGUGAGCAAUGGCUCCUACAAAUCCCCAGGCCACCAGGUCCCGUCGUCCCCCACAGGGAUGCCUAGGUCACCCUCUUAUGGAGGCCCGAAGGCUGUCUCAUUUGUAAACACUGUGGAAAUUACAGAGGUGCAAUCUGUGGGAGCACAAAGGGAUGACAUGCAGUUGAAGACACCUCACAGUAAAAUAAAUGGACAGCCCAAAGGAAUAUCCAGGUUGGGUUCAACAUCAAGUUCCCAGGGGACGCCUGUCAGCCCUGCUAGACACUCAAACGUUAAGAAGGUGUCUGGAGUUGGUGGAACAACCUAUGAAAUUUCAGUGUAAAAUAAAAUUAAUUAAAAGCAAAGAGCCAUCCACUCAGCCAGCCAUGAAGCUAGGAGCACUGUGAAGACUCAAAUAACAACAAAGAAGGAGCAGCAGUAGCUGGCCACUCUCCUUUUCUUGUUUUGGGUUUGUUCUGUUUUCAUCUUUCUCUUUUGGCCAAAAGCCAGCUGCAGCCUUAUUCUUGAGGGAAUAGAAUUGUACAGUCCAUCAGACUCUUCCUGAACCAAUAGGCAGGAACUGGCUAUGACCUAACACCACAACCACAGAGCGGAUUUCUUUCAUGCAAGAGAGUGCUAAAGCCAUUGUGCGUGUGUCUGUCCAACAAACCGGUUGUGUACCAGUUGUGCUGUGAAAAAGUACAGUCGUCCAGGAUCAUUCCAUUUUUCCCACACCCCUUCCCAGUUCUUCUGGCCAGCGAUCUGUCCGGCAAGAGUCUGAGCCCCAGCUGCUGUUUUCCUACCGACAUGGAAAGCAGGCUUCCUGUGCUGGGCACUCUGUGUGUGUGAGAACUGCUCUGUGUCCCCCAGGCGUUGCAGGUCAGGUUCCUCUUCCUGGGAAGGAGCAAGGCAGGGGCGCUUGGGCCACAAAUGCCAUGUCGUCUUUAACAGCCUCCCUGCUCCCUCGUCUCAGAUGGGAGCAGGAGAAAGGAUAGCAACAGCUUCUCACUGUCUGCCAUUCACCUCCCUGUGUGUGAAAUCUUGUGUGUGUGUGUGCGCGCGUGCGUGUGUUCGUCUCUUGUGGAAAAGGACCGCAACACCAGUAAGGAUCUUCCACUCUGACCUCUUGCUCCGUCUGGUUUUUAAAGGCUUCUCUGACUUGGAAACAAGACCA